GCUGAUAUAAACCCCAUGGCGCGCAACGAGCGCGCAGAGGAGCGGAGGAGAAUCAACAGGACGUCGCGCAAACCUCACUGAGACCUUCUGAAAAAUAUGCAUCCCAACUUGGUGAGCUGGCUCGGGACGCUGGGGUUCCUGCUGUGGGCGCUGGUCUGCCUGGGCGCCUUGACGGAGGGGUACCCGGUGAAACCAGAGAACCCCGGGGAGGACGCUCCGGCGGAGGAGUUGGCCAAGUAUUACUCAGCCCUGAGACACUACAUCAACCUCAUCACAAGACAGAGGUAUGGAAAGCGGUCCAGUCCUGAGAUUCUGGACACGCUGGUCUCAGAGCUGCUGCUGAAGGAGAGCAGAGACACACUCCCACAGUCAAGGUACGACCCAUCAUUGUGGUGAUGGCCGUCGCUCACCCUCCACCUCAGUCACCUCUGAUGUCUACAUGUCUGUCGGUUCACACUGCCCUGCACCUCCCAAUGGCCGCUCUGUCUCUGUACCUGUUACCUGUCUGAAUGGCCACCUAGCUUGUCUCACUCUCUCUGUGUGCAUAAGCUACAAUGAACACAGCUUACAGUACGUGAAACUGUAAAAUAGCUAAGUCGUCUGGGAAACUCCAAUAAGACCUCGAGGAGGGGCGUGUUGAUUGUAUUGUAUAUUUGUGCUAUUAAACAAUCACUGUUUGAACAAAAGCAUUUUGGCAUCUGUUUGACGAGGAACGCACAUGCAUAAAUUGCUAAAGGUUCAGUUCAGUGAUUCAUUGGUGUAAUAGCAGAACUGCGUAGAGUGUCAUAGAAAACCAGUCAGUUUUUGCUGCUUUGUCUUACUUUAAUGUUCCAGAUAAAGUUAAUCUGAGUAACUGCAAAACGCAGUUCCCAGAUGAUCCCCCCACCUUUAUUAAGGGAAAAAAAUUAAACAAACCAACCUGUCCCUUUAUGUCUAAAAUUACCCCUCUUCAUGGAAACAGCUGGCGUCAAACAUUUGGAAUAACUAGCAGUCUUUUACGUCACUGUGAAGGGAAUGUCCCAAUUAAUCAAUGUUGAAUGAUCUUUGAGGAUCGAAUUUAAUUCAAUGGAAAUGGACUGAGCUUAUAAAGCGCUUUUCCAGUCAUUUUGACCACUCAAAGCGCUUCACACUAGAAUCACAUUCACCCAUUUGCACUCACAUACCGAUAUGCAGACUGGUAGGCAAUUUGGGGUUAAGUGCCUUGCCCACACUUGCCCACAGAGGCACAUCGACAUGUGGCAGGAGGAAGCUGGAAUCGAACCGACAACAAGACGACUACUCUGCCAGACUGCCACAGUCACCCAACUGUGGUCAUGUCAUAACAUCUCAAUUACAUUUAAAUCCAGGCUUUGACUAGACCUCCUGACAUUACCUUUGUUUUGCUUAAGGUGUCGCUAUGUGACAGAUUUCAGCUUGUCAUCGUGGAAUGCCUGGCAGGAAACAUUUAGCUGAUUUCUUGGUAUGGUCUAUUUACCAGGUCUGGACGUUGCUAAUGAAACCGGAUCACAAAAAUGUGAUCAAUUGAAAUUAAGUAAUGUUUCAAGAGGGUAGAUUAUAUUUUUACAUAAGUUUAGAUAUUUUUUCUUGUCUUCAUGAAUUAAAUAAUAAUUUUAAGAUCAUUACUCAUUCUAUCUUUGUCUGA